AUGCCAGCGGAUCCCAAGCGCGAGAGGCUGCGUACCCGACACGCCUGCCUCAAUUGUCGGUCAGUCUUGCCCUCCCACUUACAACAGACCCGGUGUCCGGGUGAGAAGCCGGCCUGCUCAACCUGUGUCCGGCUGAAACAGUCAUGUACCUACAUGACACCGGCUACGCACCAAGCGGAUCGACUAGCACACCUGGAAAAAAAGAUCGAUCUUAUUUUAAACGGCAGCGAGCGGCGAGUUUCUUCUGAGCAGCCCGAUCAAGAGGUCUUCAUCGUGCCGCCGGAGGCCCCUUCUAAGGCGCCGCAAAACGACAAGCCCAAUGAAACUACGCCUCGCUACAAUCAAACACAUAGUUACCAAUCACAGCCUGGUCCAAGCUAUGCCAUGAAAGAAGUGCCCUCAGUCGAACUGCAACAAGCAAAGCUGGAGAUUUCUCAAUCCACCAUCGUCAAGGCGUUCGACCUUUACUUUGAACUCUUCCAUAGACAGCCUAUAUGGUGUUUCGAUCACCAAGACCUGGACAACUACUCGGAGAUUCCUUCGGAGGUUACCUGUAGCGUCUUGGAACUGACAUCACGAUUUUCGCGACAGCAUGACCAGCCAGCCUAUGGCGAUAGUGCUAGACGCUCUAUUAUGCAUCGAAUUACAAAUGGCACGGUAGAGCUCGAAACUAUUGAAAGUCUUUGUUUACUUUCAUACGCAGCCUUUAUAGAUGGCGAUUGGGGUCAGGGCCAAUUUUACCUUGGCCUUGGCUUUCAGCUUUGUCGGUCUGCCAGGAUCGACCGCGAGCUGACAUCCCCGGCCGAAAAUCCUCCCGCCGCCGAGCGCAAGAAGAAACUUCUCUGGAGCCUUCAAUCGCUGGAGCAAUUUUUCUCGGAAUCGGAAGGUAUUCUGGGAACCGCGCCCGAGGGUUGGCGCCGAUUCUAUAUUUCGACCAGUGCGGACUCAGCAUUUCCCCGCGAUCCUGGGUCAUCCACCUCAUCUGACAUCGGCAUCUGGACCUAUUCAGCAUAUUUCGGAUGGGUGUGGAGUAGGGUCAGAGAAUAUGUCUCUGAGUGUUUCCAUAAUCAGAUGACCGAGCCCUGGCGACUCGAUUCAAUGUAUGCCAAAGUACUGGCCGAUAUGACCGAAAUCGAGAACCAGGUUCCCUGGUGUCAUCGAUACGAUUCAGCAAAGUUUUACGAGCGUCGAGCAGAUGAGAUCAGUCUCCACAGAGAUUACUGGAUACCGUGGAUAAAAUUACAGUUCACAUGGCAUACGAGCUUGAUUGUGUUAAAUCACCCAUUUCUCUACAUUAUGGCAUCCCAGCAUCAGCCUAACCUGGCGAUCCCAAACACCUUCUGGAGGAAGUCCUCCGAGCUGGUCCUACUACAUGCCACAUGGAUUGUCCGUAUGAUUGACAUGUCUCUAGAAAAACAGAUCAAGCUUAUUGAUCCCUUCUAUGCGCAUGCGGCCGCAAUCGCAGCUACAGUACAUCUCUACUUUUGCUGCGCGGCCGAUCCUCGACUGAAACAAAAGUCCAAAACAGACUUUGUGAAGUGCAAAACAUUCUUGAAGAGAUUUGCAUGGUUUUCCCCUGCCUGUGAAGCCCUGCUCCAAUCGUUGGACAAAAUAACAGAAAUAGCAUCUGGCUCAGAUCGCAUGGAUGAUGACUGGACACCAACCAGAAUCUAUCUCAGCAUCCCUUUGAUGUGGGGCAUUUUGCAGUUCAAUGUCUCACCUGCCCAAGGCGUAUCCUCCAAAUCAGCCACCUUACUACACUCCUCUCUUACUUCCACCCCCUCUAGCAAGGAAGCAGAGCAUAGCCAGACCCUUGAGAUCAGUGUUACGACAUCACCGCCACAAGUGAUGGUUGACCCUGCCGCGGGGCACAAUGCCAGUCUGCCGCCAUAUAUGAUCACUGUGUCUUCAUCACAGGAUUCCCCUAACGGCACUCCUAUGCGAGAUAUUCUGGUUCCACCUGCGGAUAGCCUCAUGUUAAAUACUCCGUGGCUAUGGGCGCAUCUUUCCCAGUUUGGUGAUAUGGACGCUACGGCUGGCUUCGAGCCAGACCCUGCUGUUGGUGAGAGUUUUCCUACGUGGUGGAAUUUAGGAAAUUUUUAA